ACUGUACACAGAUAAGUUUUUCACUUCACAUUUCAACAACAUACACAUUAAUUGACACGUUAACUAGAUACUGGCACGUUUUUAUUUUUUUGUAGUCAAAGUAUCGCAAUGAUUCCUCCAGCUGAUUCUCUGCUGAAGUAUGACAACCCAGUCUUAGUGAGCAGAAACACAGAAAAGAAGUCCCCAAAGGCACGGCCUCUGAAAGUAGCACCGCAACAGCCUGUAAUGACGGGUCCAGUGCCACCGCCACCCAAACCCAAGAACCUCUCAGCUGACACCAACAAGCAGCAAACUGAGGAAAUCCUCAAUGCCAUCCUACCACCCAGGGAAUGGAUGGAGACCAACCAGCUGUGGGUGCAGCAGGUGUCCAGCACGCCGUGUACCCGCAUGGAUGUGGUGCACCUACAGGAGCAGCUGGACAUAAAGCUGCAGCAGAGACAGGCCAGGGAGACGGGCAUCUGCCCUGUCCGCAGGGAGCUCUACUCCCAGUGCUUUGAUGAGUUAAUCAGACAGGUAACCAUCAACUGUGCUGAGAGAGGACUGCUGUUGUUGAGGGUACGAGACGAAAUUCGUAUGACCAUUGCUGCUUACCAGACACUAUACGAGAGCAGUGUGGCCUUUGGCAUGAGGAAAGCCCUUCAGGCCGAGCAGGGAAAGUCUGACAUGGAGACAAGGAUCGCCAAUUUGGAGAAGGAGAAGCGGGACCUGGAGAGGCAGGUGAACGAGCAGAAGGCCAAGUGUGAAGCCAUUGAGAAGAGGGAGACAGAGAGGCGUCAGGUGGAAGAGAAGAAACACACAGAGGAGAUCCAGUUCCUGAAGAGAACCAACCAGCAGCUCAAGGCCCAACUGGAAGGAAUUAUUGCCCCAAAGAAGUGACCUCUUCAUUCCAUAAGUCAACUACUACUGAAACUGACAUAUUUCAAAUGAUCUGAUAUAGCAUUAUGUAAUAAAACAUUACAUCACAGCCAUGAAGCUUCAUACUUCUGCACAAUAAACCCACUGAACCACCAAUUUCAAUCUCUCACUGUUUUGCCAAUUACUUUCAAAUUAUUUUAUGGUGUGACAUGAACAGCUGAACAUACUUUCUUCUGUCAAUUGAUACAGAUGUUAUUUCAAUAGUGCUGUACAAUUUGAUCUUGUCUGGUUGUGGGCCCUUGCUGAUUUCUGGUGUCCUGGAUGACUACCCAAAAUGUCUUGAAUUAGGCUAGUAAUAUAAUCUGGUUA